CUCAUCCCUUGCUUGGUUGGGUCUGGGUUCUGCCGUCAUCCCUCUUUGUUCGCCAAAAAAAAGCCCUAGAGACCAAAACGCUCUCUCCGACUGGUUGCGCUCACUCCCGCCUCUCACAUCUACGAAGCCAUAGCACAUUUUGCGCCAUCUGGAUGCGCAGCAGCAAAGGAGUGACAACAGAAGCAACUGAUCGAGAGAAGCGAGAGAAGAAAUGGGCGCAACGGCUCUCGCAUCAUAUCAUCUUCAGUCAGCUACGUGAAGGACCCACCAACAACUGAAACCAGGAAGAAACCAGGCUCCCACGGCUGCUGGCGCAACCCAAUCGAGAAGAGCUAGCGACCCGCACUGCGUUUGGUCCCGCCGCCUUCUGGAACGAGGCAGGUCGUGUUUUCGAGAGUCCUCGCGAAGUAUACCUCGGCUUUCAUACCCAACAUCACUAGUACCGUGAAACCACGUGUACUGGGCCGCUCGAAAGUAGACUCGCAACUAUAGCAGGCUCUCCUGCACAGACUGGGCAUAUAUAAUACGCAAUACGUCGUGGCCAAAAAUAGAGGCGGGGAGCCAGUUUGCGUUGAAGCAGAAAUCGCCUCGCGCAACUCCUGCCUCGAUGGUGGAAGCCUGCUCGGAGUAUGAAGAGUGACCUGGCUAUAGCGACUAAGCUCAUCGGGCUGCCUGAUCCUUGAAUUCAGCUGGGAAGCUACGAGUGCAACACGGGAAUACUGUUUGGAGAUAAACUAUUGAACAGCCGUCUCUUUACUCAUCUUGGAAGAGCUUCCAAAGACCCUUGUGUUUGCAAGUCAAGGGAGAACUUCAGGUCGGAGAUCUCCCACCUCUGCGCUGCUAGUCUUCACAGUGAGAGGUUUACGUGCUGGGGAAUCGCGGGUCAUCUGCACAUCCCACCAGACGUCAUCUCUACUCGGCCGUCAUCCUAUCUCAUUGGCGUGCAUAUCCCUUAGUUCCAUUUCCAAGAUACCGUUGGUCGCUGGAUAUAGGGACCCCUGAACGGUCAUAUCCGGUAGUCACUGGGCGCUUGAUUUAUAUCAAAUUCGCCGCAAACUCCGGCCCGGAACAAGCGACCUCUUGCGUUGUUUGGCCGGUUCUGCUUGAGGUUUCUAAACUCCGUUAUCUCGCCUCUUUUCGCCAUUGCUGCGCCGACGACUCCUGUUCAAUCCCGCGAUUAUCAAGUCGCACGCCUACUCGGUGUGGUGUUACUCGCCCAUAAUGGCGCCUACGUCUUCUUCUACGACGCCGUCCUCCGGCGGGCACUCUCCCGAGGAACAGUUUCGAGUUGUGCGGAAGAGGAACCGAAUCCCGCUCAGCUGUACGCCAUGCAGGACCAGAAAGAAGUGUGAUAGGGUACAUCCCUGUGGGAACUGCGUCAGGCGAGAGGGUAGUGAUACGGGCAAUUGCUCAUAUGCCACACCCAACGCUCGCAGCAGAAAGAACCAAAGUCAAAGCGCUGCCACUAGUCCAGAUGACAUGCAGAACCGUAUUGACCGUUUAGAAGGCCUAGUACUAGCACUGAUGAACGGCGGUACCGCGGAUGCCGUUGCCUCGGCAGUAGCUACCGCAAGCACCGCCGCAUCUGCCUCGACCGCGAGCUCAAGGGUGCCUGGCUCAGGUGCCACGCCAACAACAAGCGCAAGCGUUACCUCAUCCGCCAGAGCCGACCGAGAAGACUAUCGACGGAGUGAGAUGAUCGACGAUGAUGACGGUGACGAAAGUGAUAUCGAUAAUGGCCUUGCCACUUCCCUGGGAGUCCUGAAGGUUGACGCAGAGAAGGGAAAGGCCAUGUAUAUUGGCACAGAGUCAUGGCACACCAUCCUGUCUAGCAUCUCGGAAGUUAAGGAAUACUUUUCCGCUCAUAAGAAGGAGCUGGAGAGCAGCUACGAAAAAGUACUUCAAAGCAAGCCCGCAUCGGCGCGGGAAGGGCCAACAUUUCUCCGUGGCGCUCCGCCGGCCACUGAGGUGGAACUCCGUGCAGAGUUGCCGCCCAAAUCGAGUAUUCUCACCCUCUGCGGGCGCUACUUCAACUCAAUGGACGGCGCCGUCACUAUUAUACAUGCUCCUACCUUCCACGCGAUGCUCCGGAGUCACUGGCAGGAUCCUUCGAAGACGCCCAUAAUGUGGAUUGGAAUGUUGUACUCGAUCCUAUGCCUGGCCAUGUUGAGUUAUCACAAGGUUGGCGAUGAGCCGGCCGAGUGGAAGGGUCGAUCGCUCGAGCUAGCUUCUGAAUACCGGAUGCGGACUGUGCAAUGUCUGGUCACGGCCGACUACACAAAGCCAUGCGCCUACACUGUAGAGACCAUGCUUCUAUAUUUGUUCGGAGAGUCCUCGUCGCGAUGGGAUGCAGACUUCGGUCUGUGGCUGGUCAGCUCUGUGAUCACGAGGAUCGCGUUCCGGAUGGGUUAUCACAGGGACGGAAAAUGGUUUCCGUCGAUAACCCCAUUCCAAGCAGAGAUGAGACGAAGGGCAUGGGCUCUAGUAAAAAUGGUGGACGUCAUGUUCUCGGCACAGGUGUCGUUGCCAAGUAUGAUUGGUGAGGACGAUUUCGACACUGAGCUCCCUCACAACAUCUUGGACGAUGAGUUUGGUCCCGAAACCAAGGUGUUACCGCCGUCACGGCCGCGGACGACGCCUACACCAAUAGCAUACAUGAUUGCAAAAGCGAAGCUCGGCCAGGAAAUGAGCAACGUUUUGAAGGCAACGACACUGGUAGGCAGACAAGUGCCGUACGAUGAAAUAUUGCGACUAGACGCGCGGCUCCGUGAAGUUGUUGCAGAGCUACCGCCGCACCUCAAAAUGCAACCUCUGGACGAAUCCCACGAUCCCCUGACACUCAUCGUUGCCCGCAUCAACAUCGAUGUGCUUGUGCAGAAGAUAUUCUGUAUCCUGCACCGCAAGUACCUUCCGCGGUCUCGAGAGAAUCCGCGCUACGCCCACUCACGACGAACAGCCAUCGAAGCAUCCAUGGACACACUACGACAUCUGGAGACCAUCUACCGCGAGUCUCAAGAUGGCCGGCUGCGGUCGCUCAAGUGGUUCGUCACGUCACUCGUGACCAGGGAGUUUUUGCUUCCGGCCAUGCUUGUCGGACUGGACCUGCACUAUGACAACCAAGCCGGGAGCUCAAGCCAAGGGCGUCAUGAUUCUCAUAGCCAGCAUUUUUGGACGCCACAGCAACGGGAGCAGAUGGUUAAGAGUCUGGAGAUGGCACAAAAGGUCUGGGAAGGUUUCAAGGACACCUCGAUAGAGGCUUACAAGGCGUCCAACGCAAUCCGCAUUGUGCUGGAGAAGGUCAAGAGUCCUCAGGCGCCAUCUCCUGGGGGCAGUCGUGAAAACGGAGUGAGCAGCGAAUCAGGACUGAGAGGUUUUGAGAAUAACCCGUUCGGGGCGACGUCAGUAAAGGGUGAAACUAUGCAGGAUCAUUCGGCAGCAAUGACCUUGGGGAUGCUCUCAGGGAUGACACCGGGUACGGCAGUCUCACCGGAUUUGAUGCAGAGCCCCGGCGGCACAACUUACCGACAACCGCCACCGUUUGGCACGGAUGGCUUUGGCAACAACUUUGGAUCCAGCACAGCAGCAGCGAUGGGAGGCGACAUGAACAUGGACAUUUUUUCAGGUUUCGAGAUCAACAACAAUCCAGGUUCUCCAUUUCCGUCAUUCAUCAACAACUCAGCAAACGCGCCUGGUUUCCCUGCAAAUUUUGACUGGGAUGCCUUUGAAACGUACACGCAAACUACCAAUUUUGCUGCCGACAGCUUCCAAUUUCUUGGAGGCAACACUGCUGGGCCAGGAGCUGGUGCCGGAUCGACGGAGGAUCCCAGCUUUUCUUUCGGCAAUCAAGAUAUGUCAGGCAGGUAGAGCGGUAUUUUCUCUGAGGGUUCAUGGAUGAAUACAGUCUGGCAACAUUUGGGUUGGCGUUUUGGCAAUCGAUGGUAGCUUUUUGACCAGAGACUUUGGGGCAACAUGUGUGAUUUGUUAUGAACAAACGGCAGAAAAUGUACAAUAUCAAGAUGAAUACCC